AUGGGCAAGGCACAGUCAAAGCUUAGUCCCGAGCAGCUCUCCGAAUUGCAGAAGAACACGUACUUCGACCGAAAGGAGCUUCAGCAAUGGUACAAGGGUUUUAUGAACGACUGCCCGUCGGGGUCGCUUGACAAGGCCGAAUUUGCACGCAUAUACAAACAGUUUUUUCCUUUUGGGGAUCCGACCGCAUUAGCAGACUACGUGUUUAACGUGUUUGACGAGAAUAAGAAUGGGCAGAUUGACUUUAAAGAGUUUAUCUGUGCGCUGAGUGUGACAAGCCGCGGGCGCCUGGACGAAAAGCUGCGCUGGGCGUUUCAAUUAUAUGACAUCGAUGGAGAUGGAACCAUCACGUACAAUGAAAUGCUCACCAUUGUGCGUGCUAUUUAUAAGAUGACCGGUCAAAUGGUCAAGCUGCCAUGGGACGAAGAUACACCCGAGAAGCGUGUCGACAAAAUCUUUCACAUGAUGGACUAUGAUAAGAAUGCCGAGCUGUCGUUUGAAGAGUUCAAGGAGGGCUCCAAGCAGGACCCCUCCAUUGUCCAAGCAUUGUCUCUCUACGACGGUCUUGUAUAG